CAAGAAUAUCAAAACUAAACGACGAUGGUACACAGUGCCUACGAUUCCUUCGAACUUCUCAGAGACUGUCCGACCAGGAUCGAUGCAGUUGAAUCUUAUGGCUCAAAGCUUCUCCUUGGCUGUGCCGACGCCACUCUCCGAAUCUACUGCCCUGAUUCAUCAGGAUCCGACCGAUCCCCACCGGCUGAUCACCAUGCUCAAUCCCUCGAGCUGCGAAAGGAGCCGUACGUGUUGGAGAGAACCGUGGUCGGGUUCUCAAAGAAGCCGCUCCUGUCAAUGGAGGUGUUGACAUCUAGAGAGCUGCUUUUGUCACUCUCUGAAUCAAUAGCAUUUCACAGGCUUCCCAAUUUGGAGACAAUUGCUGUAAUAACUAAAGCCAAAGGCGCUAAUGUGUAUUCAUGGGAUGAUCGGCGAGGGUUCCUGUGCUUCGCACGGCAAAGAAGAGUUUGCAUUUUCAGGCACGACGGGGGACGAGGGUUUGUGGAGGUGAAAGAAUAUGGUGUUCCUGAUACAGUGAAGUCCAUGUCCUGGUGCGGUGAAAAUAUAUGCUUAGCUAUUAGAAAAGAGUAUGUGAUUCUGAAUGCCACGAAUGGUGCACUGUCUGAAGUGUUUCCAUCUGGAAAAAUUGCGCCGCCUUUGGUGAUCUCUCUUCCUUCGGGAGAACUUCUUUUAGGAAAGGUACUUUAUUCUUUUAGUGGUUUAUUUCUUUCUGGUAUUUUCCUCUUAAUGAAUUUAUUUUCUUUUAAUCCAAUGAUAUGUUAGUGGCGUACUGUUUAAACUUUUUAUGUAUUUUUUUUUCUUUUCUAGAUUAUCCAAUUUGGUGUAUACAUGUAAAAUGCUCCUCUUGCUGUGAGGAAAAUAUUUUGGGUGAUCAAUACAUUCAGGUUGAGUUCAGACUCUUCCUUGGUUUUGGAUUGUGGUUUUGGUUAUAUUCUUUCUCUGAUUGUGUCAGUUGAAAGGGGAUGCAUCCUAACCAUAGACAAUCUCUUAAAAGGGAGAAAUUUAUUGUGAAUGGCUGUUGCUUAUGCAAGAGUGAUGCGGAAUCGACCGAUCACCUUCUUCUUUAGUGUCCUCUCCAUAUCAACGUUGAUCUGUGGCUUAUAGUCUUCUAGAGGUUGAUUGGGUAAUGGCUGAUUUGAUUAAAGAGGAGUCUAGGCAUGGAGAGGCAUUGAAGGGGACAAAUCUUAUAACUAGCACAUUGGCCUUACCCCUCUUCCUACUUUUUAUGUUUUGGAAGGAAAGAAACAAAAGGGCUUUUGAGGCCAUAGAAUCUCUUUUGAUAGGUUUAAGGAUUUUAGCUCCAAACCAUGAGUUUUUUGAAAAAG